AUGUCGGCUGGUCUUGAAUCACUGAAGCAUAUCUCCCCGGACUCCGGGUUCCCAAUUGCGAUCCACCCGCACUUCUCACCUAAAAUCAGAGAUCAUGUUCCCCCGGAGCCGCUCCGAAAAGAGAUAGUCCCGGACAAGGACCGGGGCUCUUUCGCUGACCCCGAGAAGAAGGCGCUCUUCUCAGUAGCUAAGCCAGUCGCCCUCACGGAAUCCAUUGGAACACUUUUGGAGAAUGUGCAACUAUCACAAUUGACUCCUCAGCAAUUAGAUGAACUUGCGCUGCUCGUAAAUGAGCGUGGCGUGGUCUUUUUCCGAAACCAGGACCUUACUACUGAGCAGCAGGUAAAGCUCUUCGAGCAUUAUGGAAUCUUGGAUCGACACCCGGCUCAAAAGGAUGUCAAGCAUGUCGUGAUCAGGGGGAGCACAGAAGACCAUCGCGAGAUCAACAAGUACACUCCCUGGCCGUCAGGAGAAUGGCAUGCCGAUACUUCCUUUGAAAUCAAUCCACCCUCGUACUCGCUACUGCGCAUGGAAGAGCACCCCCCUGUUGGGGGCGACACCGCUUGGAUCUCCGGCUACGGCUUGUACGACGCGCUAAGUGACUCGAUGAAGAAGUUCGUCGAGGGUCUGCACGCAGUACACACUUCGCGACUACAGUACGACACGAUCCUGGAUUUAUGGGGUGUUGGUCCGAACCGCCCCCCGAUUGACUCGCAUCACCCAGCUGUGAGGACACACCCUGUCACUGGACUCAAGGCCCUAAAUGUGAACACGGGGUUUGUGACUGGCUUCGCCGAGCUCAAGAAAUUUGAAUCGGAUAAGCUUCUGGAAUUCUUCCAAUACCAUCUCCAUUCUGCGGACGAUCACUCCGUACGGUGGAAGUGGGACGUUGGUAGCGUUGCGAUGUGGGAUAAUAGGUGUGUGCUGCACCGUGUCAUUCCCGGAUCGUAUGAGGCGCCUCGGAGGGGUAUCCGUACGACGGUUUUUGGUGAAAAACCGUUUUAUGAUCCUGCGAGUGAAGGGAGAGCGGAGAGGGAACGUAGACUCAAGGCGGCAACCAAUGGGCAGUCCAAGGAAUCGAAUGGCGAGAAGCUUAUCAAUACGCCAGCUUAG